AAUGUUAAAGUCUGUAGCAGCGAACAGAUGUUUAUGUGUGGCGUGGGACCCCAAAAAAAGAAGAAGAUCAAAAGCUCAAUAUUUCGUUUGUUAACACAAUUGAUGUAAUUUAUUUUCUAACUAACUAAGCACCAAAUAUGCGCUGCUACUACGAGGAGCUAGGCUUAGCCCGUGACUCCAACGAAGGUGAUAUCAAAACGGCAUACAGAAAACUGGCAUUGCGCUGGCAUCCCGAUAAGAAUCCCGACUGCUUGGCAGAGGCAAAGGAACGCUUUCAGCUGAUCCAACAGGCCUACGAAGUGCUCUCCGAUGCCCAGGAACGUGCCUGGUACGACAAUCAUCGAGAGCAAAUUUUGCGAGGCAAGAAUUCCGAGUAUUCCGAGAACUGCUUAGACGUCUUCCAAUACUUCACCGGAUCAUGCUACAAGGGAUACGGAAAUGAUGCCCAGGGAUUUUAUGGUGUUUAUCGUGAUGUCUUCAAUAACAUUGCAUCCGAGGAUCUGGAGUUCAUGGACAGCGACGAUGAGAUGGGGCCACCACAGUUUGGCAACGCCGACAGCAGCUACGAGGAUGUUGUGGCUCCAUUCUACGCCUAUUGGUUAUCCUACAGCACAAAGAAGACAUACGAAUGGCUCUGUCCGUAUGAUGUGCGGGAGAUCAAGGAGCGUUUCAUCUUGCGCAAGGUGGAAAAGCAAAUGAAGAAGAUUGUGCAAAAUGCACGCAAGGAUCGCAACGAAGAGGUUCGCAACUUGGUCUCGUUUGUGCGGAAGCGAGAUCGUCGUGUCCAAGCCUACCGGCUUGUGCUGGAAGAGCGCGCCGAGGCGAAUCGCUUAAAGCAGGAGGAGAAACGCAAGGAGCAGCUGCGCCAGCGGCAGGAACAACUUGCCGCGGUGCGUGCCAACAAAGUGGACAACGAUGGCUACGAGGAGCAGCUCAGACAGCUUGAACAAGAAUACGGCAGCGAAUCCGAUGACUACACGGACGAGGAGGCGGAGGAGGAUGAACUGGACUCUGAUGCGGCUGUUGAAAGCGAUAAUGAUGUGAGCGAGCAGGAAGUGGAGUAUGUGGACGAUCUCUAUUGUGUGGCAUGCAACAAGUCGUUCAAGAAUACCAGGGCGCGCUCCAAUCACGAGGAGAGCAAGAAACAUCGCGAGAAUGUGGAACGCCUGUGCCAGCAAAUGGCAGACGAGGAGCAGGAAUACAAUGAGCACAGCGAGGAUCUCAAUGCGGCAGAGGAUGGUGUGGAACAGUUAAAAAUCAGUGGCGCCCAAAAGACAGAUCAAAGCAGUGAUCAGGCAGAGCUGUCCAGCGACGAAGAAGUUCAGCAGACACAAAGUAAACGCAAUAAAAAAGGCAAAAAAUCGAAAAAACCGGCGCCAAAAGCAAUUGUUGAGAGCGAUGAGGAUGAUGAAGCGGAUGCUGCCGCAGCUGCUGCUCCUGAUCAAGCUGUGGAUUUAUCCGCGCCAGUGAGCAACAGCGACGAUGCAGACGACGACGAUUGGAGUCGCAGCAAAAAAUCAGCCAAAAAGAGCAAAAGCAAAAAAUCAACGAGCAGCAAACAAAAAGCCGAAACGGAAAAGGAAAAGUUAACAACGGAAUCAAAGCCGAAAUCCAAGCCAACAGCAGCUCCACCGAGGAGCAACGAGACCGCACCACUCGCAGAUGUGCAACACACUUGCGUCACAUGCAAACUGGUCUUCGACUCCAAAAACAAACUGUUUGCGCAUCUCAAGAAAACGAAUCACGGGGUCUACCUGCCCAAAGCCAAGCCGGAAGUGGAAGGGAAACCGCCUGGCAAAGCCAAGGGCAAGCGCAAAUAAUGAUCUGCCCCCCUUGCUCUCUCCUUGUCUAUACAGCUGCCUCAGACCAUCCAAGUUGCUGUAUAAAACUCUAGUUGUUUAUUUAUUCUAAUGUUACAGCUUAAUUGUGAACUUAAAUUAAGUGUAUAUAUUUCUACAAAUAUAGAAAUUGUCCAGAAAUUAGAAUCGUUAUUUAAAAGAUGGUUGGCUUAAAAAACACUAUACUUAAAAUGCACAGUACUAUAAAUAAUAAAUU